GCCAUUGCAUUAUUGUCAAAUAUGGCGGAUUAAAAGACGUUGUAAAUAAUACAUGGGACGUUUUUAUAUUUAAAUAAAAACACUGUAAAGUGUUUAGUUAGUGAUCAGUGUUUUACUUAUUAGUUUAGAUAAACAAUGUGAGUGUGUGAAACUAAUAAAACUUUGGUGUAAUUCAGUGGAAUGGUGUUUAUUGAAAGGCAAAAUUCAUAACCAUCUGUAUCGAGCGUCUUUGAUGUUUCGUCAUCAGACGAAUUUCUCGUUAAUAAGUUUAUUUUAAAAUUGAAUUUUGCAGUGCUGUUUUUUUAGAGAAAUAAAAUUACCCGUGAAUCAUGAGUACUUUAUGUGUUUUAACGUGGUCUCGAUAUUUCGAGAGUGAGAAAACGGACAAUUAUUGUUGCCAUUUGUAAAUGGCAACAAAGACUGUUAAUUUUAAAUAUAGUUUUGACUAAUACUCGAGCUCGAUAUCGAGAUUAAAUUAUUAUAGUGACAGGUGAGAUGAAGUAAAGAAGGAGGAUGAUGAUGGGCGAUCAGUUUCGUAGCAAAGUGGAGCAAUACUCACCAAAGUCUUCACCGAGGGGUGCUCGUUCCCCUGUUGUUUCUCGUCAGGACUCGACUGGGACCCUCAAAACGACGAUUUCCCUAGGCAAAAAUCCCUCCAUCGUCCACAGCGGGCCUUUCUAUUUAAUGAAAGAACCUCCUGGGGAGAGCGAACUCACAGGAGCUACGAAUUUGAUGGCCUAUCAUAGCCUCGAGCAUACUUAUAGUAAAUUUAGCGGAAAAAAGCUCAAAGAACAGCUCUCUUCAUUUCUUCCCAAUUUACCUGGUAUUAUCGACACUCCUGGCCAUCAAGAUAAUAGUUCGCUUCGUUCUGUAAUAGACAAACCCCCAAUUUGUGGUAAAGAACUUUUACCAUUAACGAGUGUGCAACUCGCUGGCUUUAGACUUCAUCCUGGUCCACUUCCCGAACAAUAUCGAUACAUAAAUCAAGCUCCCCAGAAGAAGCAUAAAAAUAAACAUAAAAAGCACAAGCAUAAACCUGGAGAGGUUCCUGGUGGACAGGAAACGGCUACCACCGACAUUGGUGGUACGGAUACACAUGAAAAGAAACACAAAAAACAAAAGAGACACGACGAGGAGAAGGAGGCGCGAAAGAAGCGAAAAAAGGAGAAGAAAAGAAAAAAGCAGAAACACAGUCCCGAAUAUCCUGGCGGAUUGACACCUUCUCAACAUUCUAAUUCGUGAUCUCAAUUUUCCGUUUCUUGGCUUAUCGAUAUGGGCGCGACGAUAUUUUAGGAUAAGUGAAAAAAAAGAAAGGAUUCGUUAAUAAAAAAAUUUUUAUUGAAAAUCAAUUAAUUUUGUUUUCUCGUUUUGUCAAACUGUGAACAUUGAAUUUUUCUCUUCAAUCGCUUCUCAUUCCAUUCGAAGAUGAAAAGAAAAACUAUUUCGAUUUGCUUCCUUUUUUGUAUAGUUUCGAAUCAUCGAAAUCGCAAAUUAUUUAAUUCGAUUCUUAUUAGACAGCGAAACAAGAACUUUUAUAAGAGCUCUUAUUUUUAUACUAAGACAGAAAUUACGCUGUUUAAUUUCUCCAGCUAAAUGUGAUUCUACGUUUUUCUAAAAUCAUUUUUCAAACUAUCGUCUCAGGUCAACAAAAAAAAAAAAACAGAAUUCUUUUCUCCUUUCUUUUUCUUGUACAAAAAAAAAUUUUGUUGAGGAAAUGAUACUUUCAAUUUGGAAAAUUGUUUUUUUUUUUUUUUUGAAAUAUGAAAGUAUCUCCGAAGUAUAAGUUUAGCAUAAUUUGAAUUGUACACUUAUUGUAAUUAUUUUUCUUCAUUACGUGAAUCCUGGAUAAUAAAAUGGAUCCACAUUAGUGCAAAUAUAUUGCAUAACAUAAAAGAUAACUAUCAAGAAAUAACUUUGUUAUCAUGUAUUUAUAUAUGAUGAGUGAGUGAAUCGUAGCCAUUUACUGCACGUAAUCAUAUGCAAACAGGACUUUGUCAUGUUACUUGUAGUAUUUAUAUGGCGAAAAUGUGAAUAAAAUAGUUUAAUAGAA